UGACAGGCGGCAAAUUUUCCGUGUUGUGGUUUUUGGAGCGGCGCAGCACUUUCGAUGAAAACAAGAAGAUGGAGCAGCACAAAAGUCGGCUGGUUUACACCAUCGGCAUGCUCACGCUGUUCCUCUGCGGCGCGGUGCUCUUUCUGAUCGGCUUCUUUCCGGCCUCCUAUUCGGUGGCGGAGGACCAGAGCAGCGUCCCAGAAGACCGGCCCACCACAUUGCACGGCGUUGAACUGACGCCACCGCCACCGGCCUACGACUUCUUCAUACUGUUCCUGGUCGAUGCGCUGCGCGAUGAUUUCCCCAGUGCCACGUCUAUGCCGGUGGCUCAUUCCAGGGCCUGCGAGAGGCUCACCCUCCAUGUGGACAUACCGACGGUGACGAUGCCACGCCUGAAGAGCAUCACCACCGGCACCCUGUCGAACUUCAUCGACAUUGCCCUGAAUAUUGGCCACACGGAGCAGCUGCAGGACUCCUUGCUGCACCGCCUGAAAAACAGGAAUAAGAUCGUCUCCUUUGCCGGUGACCACACCUGGGUGCGGCUCUUCCCCAGCGAGUUCACGCGGCAUGCCGAGAACCAUGAUUCCUUCUAUGUAAACGACUUCUACGAGGGCGAUCGCAAUGUGACCAAGACACUGGAGACGGAGUUGCUGCUGAGCGACUGGUCUCUGCUGAUCCUACACUAUUUGGGACUGGAUCACAUUGGUCAUGUCGAGGGCAGUGAGAGUCCGAGGGUGCCGCUCAAGCUAAAGGAAAUGGAUGAGGCGGUGCAGAAGAUCUUGGAUCAUCCCAAGAGCUUACCCAAGUAUUUGCUCAUGCUAACUGGGGAUCAUGGCAUGGCCGAUGGCGGAGGACAUGGCGGAAAUACACCAGCCGAAACAAUGGUGCCCCUAUAUCUGUAUUCCAACAAUUGCAGCAAGGCCACAUCGAACCCUAAACGCUACAACCAAAUCGACAUGGCGCCCACUCUUUCAGUGCUUCUGUCUGUCGAGAUACCAACUCAAUCCAUUGGCUGCCUGAUACCAGAGAUGCUGCAAUCGCUGUCCCUGGAACACCAGAUGUACGCCUACUUCUACAAUGCCCACCAUUUGCUCAACAAGGCGCGCGUUAAGUUUGGCCACGACAGAGUCCAUCGGAGCGAUUACUACACCUGGUAUCAGAAUGCCACCUUGUUGCACAAGAAGCUACUGCAUCCUUUGAGAGAGGGUGAUGGAGGUGGAGCUAGUCAGGUUUACUACCAGAACGCCAAGCUCAAUUAUAUGCGGGUUGCUCGGGAGAUUUCCGGCCUGCUCUCCGAAUCCCUGGUGAAGUUUGACUACGGAUUUAUAGCCCUAGGAUUAGCUUUGACCACGGCGACAUCCCUACAUAUUUUGCUCAGCGUCUUGUUCUUGGAUCUCACCGAACAGCUUCAGCUGGACAGACUUAAGCCAGGGCAACUGUUGGUUUCUGUUAUUGCGGCUGUCCUCUUAAAUGUGACUAGUCAUGCCUUGGAUAUCAUCCUAACUAGUUCUACUCUCGAUAGUAUUCUGCUAAUGGUACCCAUAUCCAUUGCUGUUUAUCUUACAAUCGAUGUGGCGCAGGCGCUGCUGAAGAUUGCAUUGCCUCCGAUAUACACGCGUCGCCUAAGGAUCUCCAUUCCGCUGCCACUACCUCUGCUAGCUUGUUUUGCUAUUCGCACCUUGACCCUUGGUUCCUCUUCGUUCAUUGAGUACGAAUACAAGACCUGGUAUUACCUGGGCAAUACCCUCAUCCUGCUGACAGCAUUCCGAACUCUGCGACGGCGCAUCACCAAAACCAAUGUGGAACUGGAUGGCCGCCAUCUGUACACCAUUGCUUCUACGUGCCUGUGGCAAAUGCGCAAGGUGUUUGUCAUGCUUAUGCUGCUCACAUUGAUGCGCUACAACCACAGGCUACAGGCAAUUCGGAGCACCAUCGUGAUAUUCUCACUGCUGUUGCUUUGGGCGCGCCUGCAUCGUCACAACCAAUUGCCGCAGUCGGUGGCCAGCGGAGCAGCUUUGUUUAUGGUUUACUGCUUUCGCGGGCUCAACGGCCAGGUGCAUUUCUUCGAGGUGCCGCCGCAUAUCGCUUCAAAGCUAAUGGUGCCCACGCUGGUGAUCUUCUGGUGCUGCCUGGCCUUGGUUCUAGUGCUGGGCUAUCGGGCGGCACUGCCGCAAACGCAAAGCUUCGGCGAGGUGCCGCCCACAAGUGUGUUGUUGCAGCUGCUCCAGACGAACCUCAGCAGCUCCCUGCUGCUGGCUGCUCUGCUGCAGAAGGUGCAGAAUAUUCUCCUGUUGCCCGUACUCCUCGUGGCCCUGCAGCAAACCUACAAGCUGUGCGAUGUUUUCGGCACCAGUGCCCGAAAGUUCUCCGUGCGCGUGGUGCAUGUGUACAAGAUCAUCAUGACCAUAUUCCUGGCCAGGAUGUUCUUUUUCUACCAGGGCAACUCAAACAGCUUGUCCACGAUUGACCUGACGCCCGGUUACAUUGGGCAAACGAGCUACAAUCCCUCGAUUGUGGCCCUCUUCGUUACCCUCAACACUUACAGUGCUGAGAUUCAUGCAUUCCUCUAUCUAAUUGUGCACACGUUGCGCUCGGAUCUGCGCAGUGUGGGCAUCAUGCAGCUGCAGCCGCCUUACUCCAUAGCCGCAGAUUCGCUGAUAGCUCCGCUAUAUGCCGCACUCAUCAUGCUGCCGGCGGCGUUCUACCUCCUCCUGAUGCUCGGCUUCCGCUACCACCUCUUCAUCUAUUCCGUCUUUUCACCCAAAGUACUCUACGACUGUUACACUGUGCUGGUGUUCUAUUUGGUAUUUUUAGUAACGAGUUUGUACUUUAAAUUGUUUAAACAUGACGCUUAAAUAAGAAAUAAUUUAAAAACGCUUAA